AUGCUAUUGGCCAUCUGCUGUGCUGCGCUGGAUUCCGGAACUGGUCCGGCCCCUCCGACCCUCGUCUUAGUACGAUAUCACAAUUUUUGAAUUAUGCAACUGGACCAAAAGCGAAUCUCUGCGAGGAGAAUCUCGAGUUCGACCCUUACACCAAGCCCAUCUAACCCCCGUAAUGGAGACCAAGACCGUCGAGGACUGCCGCCAUGUUGCUUUACCUGUUUUGCCACUUCCCUUUUCCGGAACCUCUGUUCUUGGCCUGAGCUGGACUGGCCGUAUUUUUGCUCCCCUACUGUGCCUUUACUUCCCCCCCCCUGCGGACCCGGAUUGGAUAUAUGAGAGUUUUGGUUUGGGAGUGCGGGCAAGCGGAUUGUAACACAGUCGCGCAUCGAACUCGACCUAGCAUUCCCGUACCUUUGGAACUUGCC